AGGCGGUCGGUAAGGAGGCCGCCCGUCGGGCGGGGCCUGUCCUCCAGCUGGCUCGGACCCCGGCGGGGCGGGCUGUGGGCCGAGUGGUGGAACCCAGGCGCCGGCCGCGGCCGAAGAGGAAGGUGGCGGCGCUGACGGGACAGGGCGGCGGCUUCUCGCUCUGAUCCUUGGCUCCCCUGCCCAGGCCCGGGCGCGAGUAGGAGGCGAAGGAAGGACCAAGCAUGGCUGAGACCCCACCGUCGCCCACAGCUGGCGCGGAAAGUUGCAACGAGGAGCCUGUGAGGGGCGCGGAGCGGCGGCCGAGAGAGCCACGCCGCCCUCCAGCUGGGGGCGCGGACCCAAAGGGCGAGGCGGGGCCGCCGCUCUCUUCCCCCGCCGGGCAGUCUGAGCCGGGCUCGCCGGUGGCCGCCCCCUUCUUCCUGCUCUACCCGGGCGAUGGAGGUACCGGCUUCGCAGCGCGCCCGCCGCCGCAGCAACAACGCGUCUGGAGAACCCCGCCGUCACCGGGUUCCCCACUGCCGUUCCUGCUGCUGAGCUACCCAACUGGCGGCGGCGGCGGCGGAGGCGGCAACAGCACCAAGCACAAUCCUAAUUAUCUCAUGGCUAACGAACGCAUGAAUCUGAUGAACAUGGCCAAACUGAGUAUCAAGGGCUUGAUUGAAUCAGCUCUGAACCUGGGAAGGACUCUGGACUCUGACUAUGCUCCUCUCCAGCAGUUCUUCGUAGUGAUGGAGCACUGCCUGAAACACGGCUUGAAAGCCAAGAAAACUUUCCUUGGACAAAAUAAAUCCUUCUGGGGGCCUCUAGAAUUGGUAGAAAAACUCGUUCCGGAAGCUGCAGAGAUAACAGCAAGUGUUAAAGAUCUCCCAGGACUUAAGACACCAGUAGGCAGAGGAAGAGCCUGGCUUCGUUUGGCCUUAAUGCAAAAGAAACUUUCAGAGUAUAUGAAAGCUUUGAUCAAUAAAAAGGAACUUCUCAGUGAAUUCUAUGAACCCAAUGCCCUGAUGUUGGAAGAAGAAGGAGCUAUAAUUGCUGGUCUGUUGGUGGGUCUUAAUGUCAUUGAUGCCAAUUUCUGUAUGAAAGGAGAAGAUUUGGACUCUCAGGUUGGAGUUAUAGAUUUUUCCAUGUAUCUCAAGGAUGGGAACAGCAGUAAAGGUAGUGAAGGAGAUGGUCAGAUUACUGCAAUUCUGGACCAGAAGAACUACGUAGAGGAGCUCAACAGACAUCUGAAUGCUACUGUAAACAACCUUCAGGCAAAAGUAGAUGCAUUAGAAAAAUCCAACACUAAACUGACAGAAGAGCUUGCGGUUGCAAACAACAGAAUUAUUACCUUGCAAGAAGAAAUGGAACGAGUUAAAGAAGAAAGCUCCUACAUAUUGGAAUCCAAUCGGAAGGGUCUUAAGCAAGAUAGAACUUCAGAAGGGCAAGCACUGAGUGAAGCAAGAAAGCAUUUAAAGGAGGAGACACAAUUAAGACUGGAUGUUGAAAAAGAGCUGGAGAUACAGAUCAGCAUGAGACAAGAGAUGGAAAUGGCUAUGAAGAUGCUGGAGAAGGAUGUCUGUGAGAAGCAGGAUGCCCUGGUGUCUCUACGGCAGCAGCUGGAUGAUCUCAGGGCACUCAAGCAUGAACUUGCCUUUAAGCUACAGAGUUCAGACUUAGGAAUAAAACAGAAAAGUGAACUAAACAGUCGCUUGGAAGAGAAGACUAAUCAGAUGGCUGCUACCAUUAAACAACUCGAACAAAGAUUGCACCGGGCUGAGCGAGCCCGCCAGUCUGCUGAGUUGGACAAUCGGCUCUUCAAGCAAGACUUCGGAGACAAGAUCAACAGUCUGCAGCUGGAAAUGGAGGAGCUUACCAGGCAGCGGAACCACCUUGAGUUAGAACUGAAACAGGAAAGAGAAAGAAGGUUUCAGAACAACAGGGGCAUCCCAGGAAAGGGCUCACAGAAACCAGAACACCAAAUGGUUGAGAAGUACAAAAUUCAAGAGGAAAAUGUUAAGCUAAAAACACCCUUUGAAGAAAGCUGCAGGCUGCGGUCUCACCCUACAGAUGAACAGGAUCAGCCGCUGUUUGCUGAAAAGCCACAGGUGUGUCAGCUCUGCCAAGAAGAUGGCAACAUAACCAAGAAUGUGUGUAAGAACUGCAGAGGAACCUUCUGUAAUGCUUGUUCAACAAAUGAACUGCCUCUUCCUUCAAGUAUCAAGCCUGAGCAAGUCUGCAAUCCAUGUCACGAGCAUCUGAUGAAGCAAUAUUCCACCAGCCCAUCAUAAGACAAGAGGACAAGAACUGGACCAAAACUUUUAUACAGUGCCAGUCUCCACCUGUGUUAGAUAUCAGGAUCCCAUAAGAGCCCAGUCCUUAGAAUCAACUAAACAGUUGACAGAAAUUAUUUAAAUACAUCAGAUCCAGGGAGAAAAGGCAGUGGUUGGUGGUGCUGGAAAUUUUGCUUUUUCCCUAAUGACUGUAUGAAUAAAAGUUACUCAGUUGAGCAUUUCUCUUCUAAAUCAAAAUACCCCGCUCUGAAGGGUUUCUUGUAUAGCGUAUCUUUGUAAGGGCUAUUACUCAUUUUUAUGAAUAGUGGUAAUAAUAUGGGGGCAGAUUAACAGGAGAGAAUGCCCAAGCAGAUCAGAUUAAAAAGGAAAAUGAUCAUCUCCCUCUAUUACAUGUUCACAUUCACGGAGGGGAAGAUAAAUGUUAACUGAGAUCAAAAUGGCAGACAUUAUGUUGUUUUCCCAGGUGCUGCUAGACAUAAGCAUUGUUUCCUCUUUACUCCUUCUAACUACCUCUUUAAGUUAUUUCUACCAAACUGUGAACCCAAACUCAGGGAAAAGAGAAAUUAGAGUAAUAUAAAUUCUGAAUGUACUUAAAACAAUAUUAUUUUAUGUUCGAACCAGGUUUCUGGUAUUGGCCUACAAAUGAUUUUCUUAUCAGAGUAAGGAAUAUCUGAUUUUUCCCCUUAAUUUUUCAAAAGUAAAUAUCUGCUCUUCUCAGAACCUCCAACCACAAAACAAGCCAACUUUCUUCCCCUGUCCCCCCUCUUCCCAAGUAAUAACAGAAAUUGUAAGGAGUUUUAAAGUUAGGUUUGACUUCUUCAAAUAGGAAGUACUGAUGAAAGCAAAGCUAGGUCAGGUGUAGAGUAAAAUUAAUUUAUCCAUGACUGAGAAUUAUCUCAGAAUUGUUUCUUCUUGUUAUGAGCCAAGGAAUGGAGCUGCUGGUAGACAGGUUUCUUGGAAAGGGCAAUACCUAGUAACAAACCCUUGGGGGAAAGGAGUGCAUUAAAGAACGGAAGGAAAGGGAUGGAAUACACUAUUUUGAUUGUGUUACAUGUAUCCAGAUUUUUUUAUUCAAUUAAGGCCUAAGAAGAUACAGUUCUGUGACUGGUUUAGAACUCUGGGGUGGAAACAGCCUGGAACCUCAGUGUUUGAUAAAGUCUGUCUCAUGAAAGGAUUUACAGCCUGGAUAAUAGUUUUUACUUCUGACCUGUUACUUGGUGAAACUGAGGUUUAAGAGUAUUAGGGACAAAUAAAAUCCAAUAAUUCUGGCCUA